AUGGGCAGCGUUAAUUCUCCCAUUUCUGUUGAUUCUUCUAGUGUUACUUCUUCCAAUCCUGGCACUCAGAAGGUUCUUUGGAUAGUUUGGUCAAAUAUGACAUCUUCAGAUGUUGAUUGGAAACCAAAGAUUGGAAUGGGAUUUGAUUCUAUGGAAGAGGCUAAUAAGUUUUGGCUUGCUUAUAGUUUCCGUGUGGGCUUCGGAGUUAGAGUACGUUUCGCAAACAAAAAAGAAGAUGGUAGCGUAUCGUCAUGUCGAUUGGUUUGUUGUAAGGAAGGGCUAAAAAGGAAGGAGAAAAGAUACGCAUAUGAAGGAAAAUAUACGAGAGCCGAUGUUAGAACAAAUUGCCCUGUAAGAAUUACACUUUCUCGUAAGAAUGGAAAGUUGGUCAUCAAUGACUUUGAAGAAGAACAUAACCAUGAUCUACAAAAUUCUGAGACAAAACACAUGCUUCGGUCACAUAGAAAGAUAACUGAGGUGCAAGCAUAUGAGAUUGAUUUGGCUAAUGACUCUGGAUUAAGGCAGAAGUCAACAUUUCAACUUUUGAGCACACAAGCAGGGCACAGAGCUAAUGUUGGAUUUACAGAGGUGGAUGUAAGAAACUACAUCACUGCAAGAAGAAAAAGAAGUAUGGCAUAUGGUGAGAUUGGAUGUCUUUCAAAAUAUUUUCAACGACAAUUGUUGGAGAAUCCAUCCUUCUUUCAUGCAUAUCAGAUGGAUGUAGAAGAACAUAUUACAAAUGUGUUUUGGUGUGAUGCACAGAUGAUUUUGGAUUACGGAGGUUCAGUCAUAUUUGGGGCGGCACUAAUGUAUGAUGAGACAAGUGAGUCAUUUAGAUGGUUGUUUGAUACAUUCUUACAGGCACACAACAACAAAAAACCAAAGACGAUCUUCACUGACCAAGAUCAAGCAAUGGUAAGGGCAGUUGCAGAUGUGAUGCCCGAGACUCAUCAUGGUUUAUGCACAUGGCAUUUGUUACAAAAUGGAGUUAAACAUCUUGGGAACAUGAUGAAGGGAGGAUCUUCUUUGCUUAGUGAUAUCAAAAAAUGCAUGUAUGAUAUUGACAUUGAAGCAAAUUUUGAGAAACUUUGGUUUGACAUGAUCCACAAAUUUAAUAUUCAUGACAAAUCUUGGAUCAUUUCAACUUAUGAGCUUAAAAAAAAAUGGGCUUCAUGUUAUAUGAAGGGAGUGUUAACACUUGGUAUGCGAAGUACACAAGUUAGUGAAAGUUUGAAUGCUCACUUCAAGUCUUGUAUGAAACCGAAUGUGAAUAUCCUAGAAUUCUUCAACCAUUUUGAAAUAGUUGUUGAGGAGAAGAGAGCAAAAGAAUUGAGUUGUGUGUAUGAAUCCUCCCAUAAGCUUGCAAGGUUAGCAUAUGAAACUGCACCAAUACUAAUUCAAAUGGGAAAAAACAUACACACACACACUGUAUUUGAAUUGUUUCAAGAUGAGUUUAAGUUAUUCUUAACUUUAUCUGUACCAAUUAGACAUGAAUCUGACUCUCUUUGUGAAUAUGUCAUCACAAAGGCAAAACAUGAAGGAUCUUGGAGAGUUUCAUUUAACCGUGUUUCAAAUUCCAUCACUUGUAGUUGUAGGAAAUUUGAUACUUUUGGCAUACUUUGUUCACAUGCUUUAAAAGUGUUUGAAUUGAAUGAUGUUAAGGUAAUUCCUGACAACUAUAUUUUAAAAAGGUGGACAAGAGAAGCCCGUUAUGGCGUUGUGCAAGAUUUUAGGGGAAAGGAGGUUGAAGGAGAUCCUAACUUGUCUAGAAAUCGAAUGUUCAGACAAGUUGUCUCUAAGUUCAUUAAAGCGGCAACUGAAGCAUCACCCAAGGAAGAAUGGCUCAAGUUUCUUGAUAAUGGUGUAGAUGACAUGUUCAAGAAAAUAAUUGAACUUCGGACACAAGCUAUGGACAAUAACGGUGAUAAUGGUGCUCGUCCAGAAGUUGUGAGUUUGGAUUUUAUGCAAGCAAAGGGGUUCAGGGUACGACCCGGUUCAAAGCGAAUUAAGCGACACAAAAGUUGUCUGGAAAAACAGCAUAGUCGCGCUACAUCUAGGCGCGCUCCACCUAAAGAAAAAAGUUCACAGGUUGAUGGAGUAUCUUGUUCUGCGCCUACAACUUAUGAGCCCCCACAAGCACAUGAGUCUCAAGUCAAUUACACAGCCAUGCUAAUGGUAAUUUCAAAAACAAAUUCAUAAUGAACUAUUCAUACAUUCAACAAGUAUCGUGAUGCUAAUUUUUAAGUUGUUAUUAAUGUAGGAA